AUGGCGACGCUAAGCUCAACAGCGUCUGCGGGUACACCAGGACUUGUCAUGGAGACUUUAGGCUCCACUCGAUCAGCGCUUAUCAUAGACGGAUCGUACGCGAUGAUCGGGGCGCGCGACCUGGGCGGUAAAAUUGAUUAUACGAAGCUCCGGGCAACAUUGGAAGAGCUGUCCUCAAAUCAAUUUGGCGAUUGCUGGUUUUUUGAUCAGAGCCCGUCUGCCUCAAGGGCUUAUUCAGCGAUGACGACAGAAUAUCAUAUGCUGAAGUUCGCGCCUCCGGAUGGGCCUCAGUUUCAAGUAAGCUUGUUUCCGAUGAAAAAAUAUAGCUGUCACUGCAAAAGAUGUGGCUUCAAUUUUACGCAAAAUGUGCAGAAGGGUGUCGACAACGGAAUCGCAACAAAAAUUUUGUCGCUCGCUUAUGAAAAUAUAUGCGAUCGGUUUGUUUUGUUUGCGGGUGAUGGCGACUUUUAUAGCUCUCUCAGCCUCGUCCGAAACGUGCUGCGAAAGGAAAUUUGGGUGAUGGGCUACAGAGGAAAACUGUCUGGAGACUUGCAGCAACUGGCAUCACGAGUCUUAUGGAUGGAUGAUUUGUGGUCCCAAGUAAAAUGUCCUCGACCAAGACUUGCGGAUGAAUCAUGUCGAAGGGAGAGAGUUCAGAGAAACCAAUGGCAAAAAAGCGAAAAACGGAUGAAUGAAGUCGUGUGGGUGGAGGAUCGUGAAGGCGAAAGUUCUGAUAUAAGUUUUGAUAAAUGUAUACUACCCAAUGGUGCCGAGGAAGUUGACAGUGGCCGACAAGUUAUCAUCACACCAAGCGUGAACGAUGUGAUAAGCCACUCGACACGAGGAAGAUCUCAAGGACGCUUUAAACCGAAAGGUCAUGGAAGAAAUGGCCGAGGACGAAGUCGCUCCCGAUCGAGGGAUCGUAUGCGCAGAAAACCACCUAGCAGCGCAAGCGUUGCCAGAUCAUACACUAGUCCUGAUAUUGUAGCCUCAUCAGCUCGCGCAUCAGCGGAUAGAACAAUGGAAAAUAAAAAGGAUGCGACUGAGGAAAAGAGAGGAACCUCUGUACGAAACGAUAAAAAACGAAAUGUUGCAGACAACAAUGUGUUCGAGCCGGCUAAACGAGGAAAGCAGAGUAAAGAGCACACUGAUAUUGCACCAUCAUUCGCUUUGUCAGACAUCAGCUCUGAUGAACAAAGUGAAAAAAAACCAUCGACGCUGUUGCCUGUGCCACUGAGACCAGUAUUCCCCGUUGUAACAGCACAGGACUGUGAUAGUAGAAUCGACCAUGUCGAUGAACAAGCGUUUGUUGCCGAUGGCAACUUGAACAGCUGCUAA